UUAAGGAGUCCUCUUUUUGGUCCAAAGACAAUGUGCACCAUUACACAAGAAGAUAAAAAGUAUCUCCCAUUUCCCUCUUUUCUUUUUACCCUCUUUCUCUCGGAUGCCAUUAUCUCUUUCAGAGAGAGGGGAGAGAGGACUAGAGAAUAAAUGUUUUUUUGUAAUGCCUUGAACACGAGGCUAUGAAAUCAAAAAAACAUUCUCCUCUCUCCCUCUCUAACCCUGCUUUUUCAACUCUAGAUUUGGUGGAAAUGGGACAUUAACUUUCUUCCAUCUCUUGGCCUACAAGUUUCCAACUUGAAUUAUAUACUAAUAUCAAACCCCUCCCUCAUUAUGCCUUUAUACACCCCAUGCACAUCCACCGCAACCCUUUCAUUUCUUUCUUCCACAUAGCUAUACCAACAAAUUCUUCAUCAUGGGAGACAACGCUCCAGCUCACAAACACUCCGGCUGCGGCCUCUUCCACCUCGUCUUCGGGCGCCGCAACAUACAGCCGCGGCGCUCCACCUCCACCGGCUCCCUCCCCUCCGCCCCCCUCAGCCGCGUCUCCCGUUACCCCAGCACCCCCUCCCGGAAAAUCCGAAACGACGAUAAAAUCAUCGAACGUCCCGGCAAACGCCACGCCAUUUCCCAUCAGCACCAUAAUCCCACAGCUCACAACAUCAAUGCCGCCGCCCACACCAAUGCAAGAAAAGCCCCGCAGGCCGGGCCGGGAUUCGGGCUCUCUGGCGAGCUGGAGAGCAUGAUCACGGACUACCAGCGGACGUCCAGAGGCGGCGGCGCCGGCUUGGUCCGUGCGUCGUCCAGCAAUCUCAUGCUAUUCGGCAACUUGGGAAACCUCCGGCAGGGCGGAAACGGCAAUGCCGCGGCGGCGGAGAACCCCAAAUACUCGACGAGCGUGAUGGGGAACGUGGUGGCGAAGCCCGUGUCCCUGUGCCGGGCCCUGUCGACGAGAAUGGACCCGGAAGAGCUGAAGAUGCUCGGCAACGAAGACUACCGCAACGGCAGAUUCGCAGAAGCUCUGUCGCUUUACGACGCCGCCAUCUCCAUCGACCCCGACAAGGCCUCCUACAGGAGCAACAAGAGCGCCGCCCUCGUCGCCCUCGGGAAGCUUCUAGAAGCCGCCCUCGAGUGCCGAGAGGCCAUCCGCAUUGACCCCUUCUAUCAACGAGCUCACAACAGAUUGGCCCUUAUUUAUCUCAGAUUGGGGGAGGCUGAGAGGGCUCUCUACCAUUUCAAGCAGGCCGGCUCCGACGCCGACCCCGACGCCAUCAACAGAGCUAACCAAGUUCUCAUUCAUUUGAAUAAAUGCACCGACGCCAAGAGGCACAGAGAUUGGACCACUCUGUUGAAGGAAUCGGUUCUAGCUGUAGACGCAGGCGCCGAUUCUGCGCCGUCGAUAUUUGGAUUGCGAGCUGAGGCGUUGUUGAAGAUGAACAAGCAUGGAGAAGCCAUUGAAACAAUGGAGAAAAGCCCGAAAUUCGAGGUGGAUCUGUGCACGAAGUUCUUCGGGCCAAUCGGAAGCUCGAGCUUGCUGGUGUUCCAAUCUGAGGUUCACUUAGUUGCAGGAAGGUUUGAUGAAAGUGUGGCAGCAGCAGAGGCAGCAGCCAAGCUGGACCCGAAGAGCAAGGAGGCGAGUGCGGUGCUGAGGAAGGCUCGGGCGGUGGCAGCGGCGAGGUGCAAUGGCAACGAGCUGUUUAAGGCAGCGAGGUAUUCGGAGGCGUGCAUUGCAUAUGGCGAAGGGCUGAGCCAUGAUCCGCACAAUGCACUUCUGUUGUGCAACAGAGGCGCGUGCAGGUCGAAGCUGGGGCAGUUCCAGAAGGCCGUGGACGACUGCAACGCGGCGCUUAAGGUUCGCCCUUCCUACAGCAAGGCCAGGUUGAGACGAGCUGAUUGCUAUGCCAAGAUUGGGAAAUGGGCGGCUUGCGUGGAGGACUGCGAGGCGUUGUUGAGGGAGAAUCCGGAAAAUGAGGAGAUCGUGAGGAUGAUGAAGGAGGCGGAGGUGCAGUUGAGGAAGGGCGGCGCCGCUCAGGAUUUGAACGGUGCUGGCGGGGAAGCUGCUGGCUUGCUUGUGGUGGCCAGCAGUGAGCAUUUUAGGGACUUUGUGGCUUCUUCUGGUGUUUGUGUUGUUCUGUUCUCUACCAAGACAGUAGACUCCAAAAUCUUGCAAGUUGUAGAGCAACUCUAUGAGAGAUAUCCAUGGGUGAAAUUUCUCAAGGUGGAGGUGGAAGAUCACCCUUCCUUAGCAAAAUCCCAAGGGCUAAACUCAUUUCCGGCCUUCAUAAUCUACACGAAUGGAUCCAGAGCCACUGAGAUUGCAGGAGACAAGUUUGAUUUGUUAGAGAGAUCAAUCAAAGGUCACAUCAGAUCAUAAUCUACACAACACAAGAUUAAUGGAAACAAAAUUGAUGCUUUUUAUUAGGAAAUAGCACAGAAAGAUUGCUCGUUUAGGACAAAACAAUGAAUGAAGCAUAGGAUUCAAAGAAGCAUUUGGGUCUCAUCAUUUCUUGAUUUCUUGUGAUAAUGCAUUUGUUUUUGUCUAGAGAAAAGGAAAAAAAAGAAAAAAAAGAAAGGCAUUCUUAAACAACAACUCUUUCAAGAAAUUCCCUUGUAAAUUAUGCACGAUUCUUUCUUUUCUUGAGAAAAAGAAGUUUUGGCGUUUGAAUAUCAGUGGAAGUUUCUUUUCCCUCCAAA